AUGGGUAAAGUCACGCACAUCGUGAGCGUCAAGCUCCCCAGCACCCCAGCGACCCUGGCGACGCAGAUCACCACGGACUUCCUCGCGCUUCAGCAGAAAUGCCAGAAGGAGGACGGCAGCGAGUACAUCCUCUCGAUCACUGGGGGGCCAGACAUUUCGAUUGAGGGACUGCAGAAAGGCUUCACGCACGUGUACGUAGUGCAAUUCGCGAGCGUCGAGGACCGCAACUACUACGUGCGUCGGGACAGCGCGCACGCGGAGUUCGCGGGACGGCUGAUUGGCUCGAUUGAGGGCGGGGUUGACGGUGCGACCGUUCUCGAUUUCGAGCAUUGA